GGAACAAAUUAUAAAAAUAGUGUUAACUAUAGUUCAAAACUUAUUAGUUACUUCAGUGUAGUUCUCUCUCUAUACGGUUUUGCUUAAGAAUUGUGCGCUGGAAAUCGAAGCAUCAGUGCUAACAAAAGCAACCACGAUUCCGUACAACUCAGCAAAGGGCUUAAGUUUAGUCGAGGAAUUCCAUUAUAAUUUGAUAACCUAGCAUGCAAAUCUAAGAAUUAUCACAGAGCACACACAUUGAACCUAACCUAAAUUAAAAGACCUUGUUCGGGUGUUAAAAAGUAGCUGUACACUGAAAAUCUUGAAGCUGUUUAUACUGCUAACGAGAUCAGCGUACUUUUUCUUCAAACAUCCGGAACAAUUUCUUCAAGAUUUUCAAUGGCCGAAUUCACGGAAACCAUCCGGACCAGCACUCCAGUGCCAACAACGGAGCAGUUCAACUGCGUCGCCUGCGAUAAACCGGACUCCAUGUGUGACAUGGUGCAGUGCGACACCUGCGAUCGGUGGUGGCACCAGCUCUGUGCCGGCGUGACGAAUUCGAUCGAGAAAGUCCCCUGGAGUUGUCGGGACUGCAUUCCGGCUGGCAGCGCGCCUUCUAUAAAAUCAUCACGCGCGCGCCAGGCCUCCCUCAAGUUGCAGCAGCUCGAUGUUCAGCGUGCCUUGGAAAGCCAGGCCAGAAAAGUAAAACUCCAGGCGAAAUUGGACGAUAUUGCCGCAGACCAGCAGUAUGUACAGGAUCGGUACAAUCUGCUGCGAGAAAACAACGAAGACGACGAUGAAGAAGAAAGUGUUAGGAGCCAAGGCAGUCACAGAGGCAACCGCCUACGAGUGGAAAACUGGCUCAACCAAACACAAGUUCCAAAUGUCAGUGCAGCAAAACCGGGCCUGACAAGUGGUCAGCCGCAGCCGCCGAUGAGCAGCGCGAUCACCGAGCAACAACCGAGGGAAGUCCUCACGAGGAUACAGCAGCAAGGUCGAAGCACUGGCGCGUAUCCGAAAAACAGCGCAGGAAGAAAUCCAUCCGCAUUUCUCAACCAAAAUGUCAAACCUUGGCCAGAUAACCAGGAAUGGAAUUCCUGGUCCGUCAUGGGUGUUCAUCAGUGGGAAUCCGUCCUGCUACAAAAAGGCCGUUUACAAAUGGAGGGUCCCAAAACCAAAUCGUUUGGUAUUCAACAACAUUCAACAGGAAGUGCCAACGUAGGUGCUAGGUCGAGUCAGGAGCACCUUGGUCUUGAAUAUCAGCCGUCGAACCAGCCAAAUCCGGUCAGCCGGGCAGCAAAAUCCAGACCUACUUUCCCAUCACUAGUUCCGUUGGCCCCACCUCUUGCCGCACCAAUUCAGCUUGCCUCCCAGGUCGAUGCGGGGAUUACCACCGGUACCUCAGGACAAAUUCCAACUUUUACGAGAUCCGGUUGUCAUUCAGCCCCUCGGAUCACACCAGCAACUAAUCCCUCGGAUCAAUUCGAGCCGGAAACGCCGAGAAGAAACCCGUCGCAUCCGUCGACGAAUCCAGGGGCACCAACCGACUUCGGGCAUCGAGUGCCAAAUCAGUCCAGCCAUCAACAACGUUUUGCCCAGCAACCGUGGCAGCCGAUCAACAACAGACAACAGCCAGAAACAAGUACGGUACCACUUCCACCCUUCAGGAACCACAUCAACGAACAAGGUAAGACUGCUCCAAUGUAUGCCCCAAAUGAAAAUGAAAUGCCUGCCCCUGAAUAUGACCCCCUCGAGCCUUUAAUGAACCAAUUAGGCCUUGAGCCAAAUGAACGCCCACAAUACACCCCAUUUAUAAAUACCUACCAACCAUCUCAAUCACAACUUGCGGCACGACAAUUAAUGGCCCGCGAUCUCCCCAUCUUCGAUGGCAAUCCCUCUGAUUGGCCAAUAUUUGUGAGUACUUUCACCAACACCACCCUCGCCUGCGGUUACUCUCCCGUGGAAAAUCUAAACCGUCUACAACGCUCCUUGAAAGGUGCUGCCUUAGCAGCCGUUCGCAGCAAGCUCAUGCUCCCUGAUGCUGUUCCGCUCAUCAUGAAGACUCUUCGCGCCUUCUACGGCCGUCCCGAAUCGCUUAUCAAUUCCCUCUUGGAAAAGAUCCGCGUCUUACCAGCUCCAAAGCCCGAGAACCUGGGGUCACUGGCCGACUUUGGAAUGGAGGUGCAGAAUCUUUGUGACCACAUUGAAGCAGCGAAUCAACAAGCACAUAUGAACAAUCCCUCUCUCUUAUCGGAACUUGUUGAAAAAUUACCGGCGUUUGCUGCAUAUCAGUGGGCAGUCUACAGCAGUGGUUUGGCGAGUGUCAGUCUACGAGAAUUUGGUGAUUUCAUGUCGGAUUUGGUCAAGCAUGUCGGUAAGGUGACAAAGUAUCGUGGGGCGUUAGUGAAGGAAGACAAGCCUAGGGCCAAGCGUGGCGCUCUACACACACAUUCAGAAACACCAACUACAUCGAAGGAGUCAUUGGAUGUCGAUGGUCGUUGGCAUACGGUACAAAGGGAAGGUAUUUGUCGCAAUUGUUUAAACUACCAUGGUCGAAGGUCGUGUCGCAGCAACAGUCGGUGUGGAAUCGAAGGCUGCACAACUCGUCAUCAUCCUCUGCUCCAUUCAAAUCGCUCCUUCCAAAACAAGUCAUCCGCAUCAACAUCCAAUAAUCGAACAAAUCCUACUCCAUCAGCUCCGGUGCAGAAAGCACCAGUAUCCGGUGAAUGUCUAACACAACGUAGCCCAGAACACAAGUUCCUCUUCCGUAUACUUCCGAUAACAGUUCAUGGUGCAGGAAAGUCAAUUGAUACACAUGCCUUUGUUGACGAAGGAUCCUCUCUCACACUUGUUGAGCAAUCUCUUGUUAAAGAAUUAGGUGCGAAGGGAACUCCACGAGUUUUAUGUUUGACAUGGACAGGCCAAAUAUCUCGAACUGAUAGAGAAUCGGAAGUUUUAGACUUGACUAUCUCCGGCCAGAACAACAUGAAAGUUUGUUUGAAAGAUUCACGUACUGUCAAGAACUUAUCCCUGAGCAAGCAAUCUCUCGAUUUUUCGCAUCUUUCCGAACAAUUUCCGCACCUGAAAGGGCUUCCUGUCGCUUCGUAUACCAAUAUAACUCCUCGUUUGCUCAUUGGUUUGAACAAUCUCAACUUAACUGUCCCAUUGCGCAUUAAAGAAGGCCAGCCAGGAGCGCCUACAGCAGCAAAAACAAGGCUUGGUUGGUGCUUGUAUGGCGGAGUAGCGGAGAAUAGCUCAUUAUCCAUGGUCAACUACCACACCUGUUCAUGUACGGCCGACAAUUCUUUGCACGAUCUAGUUCGGGAUUAUUUCAGAAGAGAGGACGUAGGUGUAUCACCUGCGAUACAGAUAGAGUCAGAUGCUGACACAAGAGCACGACGUAUUCUGCAGACAACUACGUCACGAUGUGGUGAUCGAUUUCAAACGGGUCUACUCUGGCGAUUCGACGAAUUUGAACUUCCGGACAGUCGCCCGAUGGCAUACAAACGCUGGGAAUGCUUGCAACGUAGAAUGAACCGUCAGCCUCAGUUGCGACUCAAUCUUGAACUGCAGAUAAAGAACUACAUCGAAAAGGGCUAUGCCCACCGUGCAACUGAAGAGGAGCUGAUCGAUUCCGACCCGAGACGCACUUGGUUUCUUCCGCUUGGAGCGGUCAUCAAUCCUAAAAAGCCGGAGAAGGUGCGCAUGAUAUGGGACGCUUCCGCCACCGUAGACGGAAUUUCUCUGAACACAAUGCUAUUGAAAGGCCCUGACGAACUCAAUCCUCUACCUUGGGUCCUAUUUCGCUUCCGGCAAUUUCCCGUGGCCAUUUCAGCGGAUAUUGCGGAAAUGUUCCACCAGAUUAGAAUCAUCGAAAAAGACAGGCAAGCUCAGCGCUUUCUCUGGAACCCGGAUCCACAAGGUCAACCAGAAGUUUACACCAUGAACGUAGCUACCUUCGGUUCCACCUGUUCUCCCGCAUCUGCGCACUACGUUAUGACUCUGAACGCCAAGCAAAACGAAAAACAAUAUCCCAGGGCAGUAGAGGGAAUAGUUAAAAGAACCUACGUUGAUGAUUACGCAGAUAGUUUUGAGAACGAAGAAGAAGCGUCACGAAUAGCGGGUGAAGUCAAAUUGAUUCAUGCCAAGGGUGGAUUCAACAUAAGAGGCUGGAUGUCUAACAGUUCUAAGGUCCUCGAAAGCCUCGGAGAAGCCGAAACCUCACAGCCGAAAUCGCUAAACUUGGAGAACCCAAGGGGUUAUGAACGCAUCUUAGGUAUGCACUGGACGUCGAAAGAAGAUAGCCUGGGGUUCUCGACCAUUCUACCUCCAGAUAUCAACGAAUUGCUAGCCACCGGUAACCGUCCGACAAAACGACAACUGCUACGAUGCCUUAUGAGCUUCUUUGAUCCUCUCGGGCUCCUUGCAGCUAUCAUUCUCCAUGGGAAGAUUCUCCUCCAAGAUGUCUGGAGAGCAGGAACGCAAUGGGAUGAGCCAAUAGACAACAAUGCCUUCGAAAAAUGGUUACGGUGGACGAAAUGUUUCCCGAAGAUUGCCGAAAUUUCCAUUCCUCGCUGUUACUUCCAAGAAGCAUCCCGGGAACUUUAUCAAGAUCUUGAACUCCAUAUUUUCGUUGACGCAAGCGAAGAAGCUUACGCCGCUGUAGCGUAUUUUCGCGUCUCCACUCCUGAAGGAUUUAUCUGCUCUCUAGUAUCCGCUAAAACCAAGGUAGCCCCUUUAAAACACUGGUCCAUACCUCGUCUUGAGUUGCAAGCAGCCGUGAUAGGAGUUCGAUUGAGGAAAUUCAUCGUAGACGGACAUUCACUGAACAUUCGACGCACCGUUUUCUGGUCUGACUCAAGCACUGUCCUCGCAUGGAUUCGUUCGGACCACCGACGUUACACCCAGUUUGUUGCGUGUCGUGUAGGCGAAAUACUCUCGAACAGUGAAAUCUCCGAAUGGCGUUGGGUCCCUUCGAAACUCAACAUUGCAGAUCAUGCUACGAAGUGGUUCAACGAGAUUGAGAUCCAACAUGAUUCCGCUUGGUUUAGCGGACCCGAAUUCCUGAAAGAGUCCGAAGAAAACUGGCCUCAACCUAGAUCGUCUACGACUACUACUGAAGAACUCAAGAUACCCUGUCUCGUCCAUCAACUUUCUGAAACUCAAACAACUGUCGACUUCACCAGAUUUUCUAAAUGGGAGAGAGUCUUAAGAACCACUGCUUAUGUGAACCGUUACAUUGCCCUCAAGACAAACCGUGUGAAAAUUUUUCCAGAACAUCUUGGUCAGCAGGAACUCCGUGAUGCCGAAAAUUCACUGUUCGGGAAUGCCCAAUGGUGUUCAUAUCCUGCCGAAAUGAGCGUUGCGGUUCACAAUCGAGGAAAAUCGACAGAACAACGAAAUGAUCUACCAAAACAAAGCAUUCUUCGCCAAAUGUCACCGUACUUGGAUGAAAACGGCGUUCUUCGUGUCGACAGCCGUAUCGGUGCAGCAAAACGUGUGUCAACGUGCACUAAGUAUCCAGUGAUUCUUCCUCAAUACCAUCGACUAACCGACUUGAUCAUAGACUUCUACCAUCGAAAAUACAUCCACUGCAACUUCGAAACCGUCGUCAAUGAGUUGCGCCAGCGAUUCUACAUUCCCCGUAUUCGACAAACAGUGAAGCGUGUCCUUCGACAAUGCCAGUGGUGUAAAAUCUAUAAAUCCAAACCCCAGGUUCCUCGGAUGGCACCUUUACCGGAAGCAAGACUUGCCGCAUAUACUCGUCCCUUCAGUUACACUGGUCUGGACCUAUUUGGACCAAUAUUAGUGAAGUCCGGGAGACAAGCGCUGAAAAGAUGGGUCGCCCUCUUCACGUGCUUGACCAUCAGAGCUGUGCACGUAGAGGUCGUUUACAGUUUGAGCACCGAGUCGUGCAUUAUGAGCAUUCGUCGUUUCAUCGGAAGGCGAGGAGCUCCAAUCGAGAUCCAUUCAGACAACGGGACGAAUUUCCGGGGCGCUGACAAUAUCCUGCAACAACAAGUCCGGCAGUUCCACGAGAACAUGGCAACCACGUUCACCAACGUGGAUACGAAAUGGGUAUUUAUUCCACCAGGCACUCCUCACAUGGGCGGUUCGUGGGAGCGCCUGGUACGCUCUGUGAAAACAGCGCUAGAGGGGAGCAUGAUUCCGGGAAGAAAGUUGGACGACGAGGCCUUCUACACACUGCUGGUAGACGCUGAAGGAAUCGUCAACAGUCGACCGUUGACCUACUUACCCAUCGAGUCAGAAGAAGCAGAAGCACUAACUCCCAACCAUUUCUUGUUGGGAAGCAGCAAUGGUGUCAAACAACCGGAGUCGGGACCGAUCAGCGAAGCCAAUGGGUUGAGAAACGCGUGGAGCCAGAUAAAUCUACAACUUGAUCGCUUUUGGAGUCGUUGGGUGCGCGAAUACCUCCCGACCAUGACGCAACGGUCUAAAUGGUUCGGUGAGACGAAACCGGUUCGUUUGGGAGACUUGGUUGUUGUGGUAAAUGAAGCAAGGAGAAAUGGCUGGGCUCGAGGGCGGGUGUUGGAACUGGUUCCUGGGUCAGAUGGGCGUAUUAGAAGGGCAGUCGUGCAGACAAACAAGGGAAUCACUCGUCAACCUGUGGCAAAGCUAGCGGUCUUAGAGGUCGCACAAGGAGGAAACCCUGGAUCUAACACUUCAGAUACCAGUGUUACGGGAGGGGGGAUGUUGGAAACUGGCACCCCUGCCUAAGCACUUUCCGACAAGCCGCUGACAAUUGCAGUUCAGUGGCUGAUCAUCGUUUGGAGGAUACGUCAUUCCUUCUCUAUUUUGGCGGCACGCGAGUUUGGUAAAAUUUUACCGGAACAAAUUAUAAAAAUAGUGUUAACUAUAGUUCAAAACUUAUUAGUUAGUUCAGUGUAGCUCUCUCUCUAUACGGUUUUGCUUAAGAAUUGUGCGCUGGAAAUCGAAGCAUCAGUGCUAACAAAAGCAACCACGAUUCCGUACAACUCAGCAAAGGGCUUAAGUUUAGUCGAGGAAUUCCAUUAUAAUUUGAUAACCUAGCAUGCAAAUCUAAGAAUUAUCACAGAGCACACACAUUGAACCUAACCUAAAUUAAAAGACCUUGUUCGGGUGUUAAAAAGUAGCUGUACACUGAAAAUCUUGAAGCUGUUUAUACUGCUAACGAGAUCAGCGUACUUUUUCUUCAAACAUCC